AUGUCUUCCCAUGGGCGUAUCAAGCCUUCAAGUUCGCGCACAAAGCCUAGGGAGUCAAGUUCGGCUACUCGUGAUGUCGAGGACCGUGACUUUGACCUUGAUGUCCACACAAUUCGUGUGACCGUUCAUACCACAGGCAAGUUCUUCGAAGGCGACACUCGCAGUGGAAACCACGCCUCAAUCUUCCUUCUCACGUCAAACAAUGCUUCAGUCCGCCUUAACAUGACAAAACUAUCAGCAGACGCCACGAUGGGCACAUAUCAGAUGAUAUAUUGCAGGUACCAAAGGACAAAUAGUUCGCUAAGAGACUUCGAUCUCACCGCUACCGGUCGAGGUUUAAAAGUUGGGCACGUUUUGGAGCUGGUCAAAAAGAAAAGACGUAACGAGUAUCAGUUAGCUCGAAGCGGCCUGGGCUGUAGACACUGGGUGAAAACCGUUAUUAGAGACUUUAAUGAUGCCGGAUUUAUCUCAUCUUCAAGCACUCUUACAACCGAAGACGCUAUUAAUGGCUUGAGAUAUAACUACUCGAAAGGCAAAGAUCCCGAGCCAGAAAAGAUUGAUCCGGGUACUUUCGUAUCAGAUAUACCAAAGAAAGUGAAGAAAACACAGAACACUGAUACAAGAGGCACCGGAUCUGGAUCUUACAAAAGCACAGGCUCCGCUCCCGAAGGAGGAAAACGUCGUUAA